AUGUCUGCCUCAGAACAAACUUUCAUUGCUAUCAAGCCCGAUGGAGUCCAGCGCGGACUUGUUGGCCCUAUCAUAUCCCGCUUCGAGAACCGCGGAUUCAAACUUGCUGCCAUCAAGCUCGUCACGCCCUCAAAGGAGCACCUCGAGAAGCAUUAUGAGGAUCUCUCUAGCAAGCCUUUCUUCAACGGCCUCGUCAGCUAUAUGCUGAGUGGCCCCAUCUGCGCCAUGGUCUGGGAGGGCCGUAACGUCGUCAAGACUGGCCGUACCAUCCUUGGGGCAACAAACCCGGCGGACUCUGCACCGGGCACUAUCCGCGGUGACUACGCAAUUGACGUGGGUCGCAAUGUCUGCCACGGAUCCGACAGUGUCGAGAGCGCUAAGAAGGAAAUUGCCCUUUGGUUCAAGCCUGAGGAGCUCGUGAAGUAUGAGCAGAGCCAGGCCAACUGGAUCUACGAGUAG